AUGGAUCUCCUCCGCCUCUCCUCUCUUACUAAUAAAUCCUUUCCAUUUCGAAUCUUCUUCUCCAUUCUCCCUUCCUUAUUUAGCUUUCUCUUAUUGUCUUCCCUCCUUUUCCCUUUCUCUUUUGUCUUUUCCAGUGCCAAUAACAGUAAUGCCUUGUCAAUCCAACACCAAUGCAUUGAAGACCAUUUCUCUGCUUUGCUCCACUUGAAACAGGGCUUUUACUUCUACAACACCACUACACUCUCCUCGUGGAAUCCUGAUAAUAGGGAUUGCUGCUCUUGGGAAGGCAUCACCUGCGAUGGUGCCACUGGUCUCGUGACCAGUCUCGACCUCAGCGAGCUCCAUAUCUUCGGUCGGAUUGAUUUUGUAAGCCUCUUUCGUCUUCAGAGCCUGCAGAGGCUCAACCUCGCUUACAAUGACUUUGAUCCCUCUCCAAUCCCAUCUGGGUUUGAGCAGCUCACCAGUUUGACCCAUCUCAACCUCUCUUGGUUGCAAUUUUAUGGCCAAAUCCCGCUGGAAAUCUCCCGCUUGACCACUUUGGUGUCACUCGAUCUAUCUUACAAUGGAUAUGAUAUUGAUUCAUACUUUGAGAAUCUGAAACUCAAAAACCCAAACAUUGGAGCAUUCGUCCAAAAUCUCUCGAGUCUGAGAGAACUCCAUCUCAGUUGGGCAAACAUCUCAGUUCAGGGUAGUGAGUGGGGCUUGGCCUUAUCCUCGGCACUCCCUCUUCUCCGCAAGUUGAGCUUGAGAGAAUGUGGUCUUUCAGGCCCCAUCCAUUCUUCCCUUUCCAACCUCCAUUUCCUAUCUGAACUUGACCUCACUGGAAACAAUCUCUCUUCAGUGGUACCUAACUUCAUAGGGAACUUGUCUUCUUUAACGUCACUAGUUCUCAGUGAUUGUGAAUUGAAUGGAAAAAUUCCAGAGAGUAUUUUCAGGCUGCCGAACCUACAAACCCUGGAUGUAGGAUACAAUCCACUUCUGAUAGGUGAAAUCCCUCCAAACAAUACUCUCCGGGAGUUGUCCCUAUCCGACACCGGAUUUUGUAGCAACCUACGGGAUUCAUUCACUAAUUCCAAACUGCUGACAAUGAUCCAGCUUAGCCAUUGCAAACUAGCUGGCCAAUUUCCAUCAUGGCUUGUGAAGCUCGAGAAACUCAUGCAUUUGGAUCUUUCAGACAAUGGUUUCAGCGGACCAUUGCCACCAUGGCUUGUGAAGCUCGAGAAACUUGUGUAUUUGGAUCUUUCAUACAAUGGUUUCGGCGGACCAUUGCCAUCAUGGCUUGUGAAGCUGGACAAACUCAUGCAUUUGGAUCUUUCAAACAAUGGGUUCAGUGGUCCAAUCCCUUCUUCCUAUGGCAACAAGUUUCAAAAUCUUCAAUGGCUCAGCGUUUACGACAAUUUACUUAGUGGGACCAUCCCAUCAUCAUUGUUUUCACUCCCAUCAUUACAAGUGUUGUAUCUUCUAUAUAAUCAAUUGAGUGGUCAACUUGGCCAGUUCCAAUACACAUCCUCUUCAGUGCUACAUAUCAUUGAUUUGUCCAACAAUUCACUCAAUGGGACCAUUCCAUCAUCAUUGUUUUCACUCCCAUCAUUACAAGAGCUGUAUCUUCAAGAUAACCAAUUUAGUGGUCAACUUGGUGAGUUCCACAACCCAUCCUCUUCUCUGCUAAAGUUAAUCAAAUUGGAUAACAACAUGUUGGAGGGGUCUAUUCCGAUGUCCAUCUUUGAACUCACAAAGCUUCAAUACCUCUUUCUUUCAUCAAACAAUUUCAGUGGUGAUGUGGACCUUGGCUUAUUCCAAAACCUUAAGAACCUCCGGCUCCUGGAUCUUUCAGAUAACAACUUUUCAGUCCAUGAUGGCAGAAGCAAUUCAACCUCCAUGUCCUUCCCCCAUAUUCAAUAUUUGUCCUUGAGAUCUUGUAACAUUUCUAAAUUUCCAAAUAUCUUGAGAAACCAAGAAUCUAUGCGUUCCAUAGACCUUUCCAAAAACAACAUCAAUGGGGAAAUACCAAAGUGGCUAUGGAAGUUGGGAAACAGUACUUUAUUUUACUUGAAUCUUUCUCACAAUGCUUUUAAGGGAUUAGAGCAAUCAUUUUCCUAUCUUUCUUUAAGCUCGUUGCAAUAUCUUGACCUAAGCUUUAACAAGCUAAAAGGCUCAAUUCCAAUCCCUCCUCCAUCUUCCAUUUUCUUUUCACUUUCAAGCAAUCGUUUUAGUGGAGAAGUUUCCUCAUUUAUUUGCAAUUGCACUUCCUUACAAGUCCUUGAUCUGUCUCACAACCGCUUCAAUAAUUCUAUUCCACCAUGUUUGGGUCAAAUCACUGAUGCCCUCGUUGUGUUGAAUCUUGGAGGAAAUGCAUUUCAUGGCCCGUUGCUUCAAACAUUUAAAGAGGAGUGCACUCUAGAGACACUUGAUCUCAAUGGAAAUCAAUUGGAAGGACAGGUACCAAGUUCUUUGGCCAGGUGCAAGAAGCUAGAGGUGUUAAACCUUGGAAACAAUCAAAUACAUGACACCUUCCCUUUCUGGAUAGAAAAUCUCUCCCAGUUGCACAUUCUCAUCUUAGGAUCCAACAAAUUUCAUGGCACCAUUGGGCACCCCCAAGCAGAUCAUACACUUCCACUAUUACAAAUCUUUGAUCUCUCUAACAAUAGCUUCACAGGUAAGUUGUCAUCAAAUAUGUUUAGGAGCUGGAAAGCAAUGAUGGAGACCAAAUCUCAAUCUCAAUUUCUUAGCAAAAUAUUUGACAAUGGAUACUAUCAAGAUAAAGUGACCAUAGUGAGUAAAGGGCUAGAAAUGGAGCUGGUAAAGAUCCUUACUGCCUUUACGGUAGUGGAUCUCUCAAAUAACCAAUUUCAUGGGGACAUUCCAGAAUCGGUUGGGAAUUUAAAGUCAUUGGUUGUGCUUAAUAUGUCCUAUAACCAUUUCACAGGCCGAAUUCCAGUAUCAUUCGGAAACAUUAAAGCUCUUGAGUCAUUAGAUCUGUCACAUAAUAAUGUAUCAGGAGAGAUCCCUUGGCAGCUGACAAAGCUAAACUUCCUUGCCGUGUUGGAUCUUUCGCAAAAUCUCCUCACUGGAAGCAUACCACAAGGUCAGCAAUUCAAUACAUUCACGAAUAAAUCUUUUCUUGGGAACUCGGGAUUAUGUGGCAUUCCACUGUCAAAGAAAUGUGAACACAUUGAGGCACAUGCAUCACCACCAGUGGCACAAUCAGAAAGCAAAUAUGACUGGAGAUCCAUGUGGAUUGGCUUUGGAGUUGGAUAUGGAGUGGGAAUGGGAAUCCUUUUUUGGACUCUAGCACUUUGGACAAAUGGAACGAGAGAAUUCACUAUAUUUAUUGAUAAAGUGCUUAUGUUGAUUUUUCCAUGUGAGGCAUUUAUUCUAAUGCAUCGAUACUGA